AUGGCGACCGUCGGCCUUCUGGAUGGCCAAAGUCGUGACCGAGAUGACAGUCCACUCGUGACCGGCGAUGGCGCGACUUCUGUUUCUACGACUACGAUGUCGUUACCGGAGCCUGGCAAAGCAGAAGCACGAGCGACAGCCGACAUUGUGACUGGGCCUGCCUAUCAGCCCGCGCCUGAGACUGCAGCAGCCUCAUCUCACAACAGCGGCGCUCCCGUCGCUGCACAAGCCGAAUCGCAAACUUCACAAACCGUAUCUGACGUGCAAACCUCAUCAAUACACAUGGAUGCGGCUGAUCUUGCUAUGGCUGAUAGCGCAACAUACGGUACUCGGUCACGCAACCGCACCGGAAAUGCUCGUGUCAAUUAUGCGGAAGACCAGGACAUGGAUUUUGACUACGCAACGGCGAUGACGACCAAUAAGAAGAAACAGCCAGCAGAACAGCCCGAGCUUCCAGAGGUCGAACGCACUAUGCUGCUGUCGAGACUGAACGUCGUAAGCUCGAAGGAAUCCACUCCCGCAACCAGUACAGCUGCGGCGACAACUUCGAAAAAGCGGAAGGCGGCCAGCGCAGUCCCCCAGCAUUCUCACGCACCAACGCCACCAGUCACGCUUCCGCCUGUACCCGCGGCCAUGUCUCGCAAGCCCAUUACCAAUGGUACCACGACGACGUAUCGAGAGACUAAUAUCAUGACUUUCCACAAGCACAAGAACUGUUUGAGCAAGAAAGGCGAGCUCAUUGCUGACGAUGGCAUGAAGCUUGCAAUCAACGAUCACGUGUAUCUUGUAUGCGAGCCUCCCGGCGAUCCGUACUAUCUAUGUCGUGUCAUGGAAUUCUUGCACGUCAGCAACGAUGAUCCGAAUUCGCCUGUUGAGGCGCUGCGUGUGAACUGGUAUUACCGUCCUCGCGACGUGCAACGCUUCAAUAGCGACACACGACUCGUCUACGGCACUAUGCAUUCGGACAUCUGCCCGCUGGCAUCGUUGCGUGGCAAAUGCACAAUCAAGCAUCGAUCCGAGAUCGAGGAUCUCGACGUCUAUCGUAAAGAGCGCGACUCGUUCUACUUCGUGCAAGUGUUCGAUCGGUUCAUCCGACGCUGGUACGAAUGUAUACCAGUCUCUCAGAUCAUCAACGUUCCGGACAAAGUCAAGAAAGCAUUGGACGAACGCUGGAAAUUUGUCGUCGUCGAGAUUGGCCGUGUCAAGGAGCUCACCAGCGCUGUCAAGACAUGCAAGCGAUGUGCUAGAUACUGCGCUUCGCAUGACUCUGUUGACUGUGCUAUCUGCAAGAACUCGUAUCACAUGAAUUGCGUACAGCCACCAUUACCGAAGAAGCCGUCACGUGGCUUCGCGUGGGCAUGUGGGCCUUGUGGCAGAGCAUCAGAGCGGAAGCUGGAGACGCGCAACACUCCCACCCUUAGCGGCGACGUAACGGAGGCGGAAGAAGAAGUCGUCGAGGAGGAAGAGCAGCCUGGAGAAUCGAACGAGAGCACUAGAGCGCCGAGCCCAACCAACGAUGAUAUGGCUAUAGAUCCGCACCCGGUCACUGCUGCGGAAGUCGCAUUGGCCAAGAUGUGGCCGAUGCGAUAUCUGGGUAUCCACUGUAGAGUGGAGGAUGCUUUGCAGUACGACGACCGUGCUAUCUACCCUCGAGCCAGCUCUCGACUAGGGCCGCGACAUCAGGCCAACACCAACGUAUGGCACGGCCGACCUGUCGAGCUCGUCAAAGCAGCCGAGAUCAAGAAGCGCUAUAAUAAAAACCAAAGUGGUAAGAAAGAAGGCAAGAUGACAAAGGAAACAAUUGCAGCUCUGGAAGCAGAUCGCGAGGAGAAAGCACGCCGUCCAAAGUGGGUGCAAGAUGAGCCUGCUGGUUAUGUCGAACGAGGAGAAGACUACCCCGAGGAUGAUCCACGAUGUACCUCCAAGCUCAUCUUCAAGAUGCCGGAGCAAAGAUCAGCUGCUGAAGAAGUCGCUAUGGUGGACGACUAUGUUAAGAAGGCCAGAUUCCACUCUCGUGCUAUUGGUGUUCCGCCUUUCGGUGUCAACUUUCUGGACAAGGCUAUGGAGCUUUUCACAAAGUACAAGUACGACGCAAACGCUUCCCUGAAGAGACUGCAAACGAUGGACCGCAAGAAAGAUAUCCAUGAGCCAAUCCUUACCAAGCAGGAACUUGCCAAGUUUGAGGAGGGCGUUGCGAAGUUUGGCUCGGAGCAUAGGCUUAUCCGCCUGCACAUGAAGACGCAGCUACCAAACUCCGACAUCGUACGCUUCUAUUACCUGUGGAAGAAAACGCCGAAAGGAAGAGAAGUCUGGGGCAACUACGGUGGCCGGAAGGGCAGCAAGCGAAAGGUUGAGAGCGAUGCAGGGGCCAAAUUGCAAGCUGAAGUUUCGAACGAUGCCGAUGACUCUGCGUUUGACAACGAUAAGGCAAUGCGGCGAAGCCGUGGUUUCAUCUGUAAGUUCUGCAACAUAACACAUGCCCGCCAGUGGCGAAAGGCUCCUGGUGUGUCGGCCGGUCAGACAGUUCUUGCAGAUGCCAAGCAUGGAGCCAAGGACAAGAAGGACCGCCUGAUGCUCGCGCUUUGUCUAAGAUGUGCUGGUUUAUGGCGCAAAUAUUCUAUUCAGUGGGAGGAUGUCGACGAAAUCCAGAAGAAGGUCGCACAAGGUGGAGGUCGUGCUGUGAAGCGGCGUAUUGAUGAAGAGCUGCUUCGUGAGUUGAUUGCUGCCAACGAAGCAGCCAGCAUGGCUGCGCAGGAGCCCACUCCUCCGUUGCAGUCAAUUGAGACUCUCGGCGAGCCACCCAAGAAGAAGACGAAAAUGGAUGCUACUGUGCUCCCUGUUGAGCCACCGAAGAAGAAAGAGAAGCCUCCGCCACCACCAAAAGAGCCUACACCUCCGCCACCACCGAUCAUUCCUACGCAGCCAACUUGGAAAGUGCUUCCCUGUGCGGUCUGCAAGGGUGUGGAUGACACUGUAUCCUGCUCUCACUGCAGACUAACUGUGCAUCGACGUUGCUUCGGGGUUGCUGAUACCGACGGCAUCCGGCCCGAUGGCUCCAUCCACUGGGUGUGUGAGCAGUGCCAAAACGAUCGUCAUCCCGAGGUGUCAACGGAGUACGCUUGCUGUUUGUGCUUGACAGAGGAAACGUUGGUCGAUCUGGUCGAGCCGCCGAAGGUCUCGCACAAGAAGAAGACCGACCGCGAGCGCGAAAAGGAGCGGAUGGAAAAGGAGCUCGCAGACAAUAUGCGGAUGGAGUAUCGCAACAAACAACUUACCCUCAACCGACCGCUUAUACCAAGAGAACCUCUCAAGCGGACUUCCGGCAACAAUUGGGUUCAUGUACAUUGUUCGGUCUGGACACCCGAGAUGCGCUACAGCAACGCUCAGAAGCUUGAGAUAGCCGAGGGUUUCCAGCAGAUACCGGCUGCACGCUAUGAAGCUGUCUGCAAAUUCUGCAAGAACAAGGGUCAUGACGGGAAGGUCAGAGAAGAUGCUGGCGCUUGUGUGUCGUGUUUCCAAUGCAAUGCGAGCUUCCACGCUUCAUGCGCCUACGAAUUUGGCUGCCAGUUCGGCUUUGAUGUCACGCCUGUCAAGGGUUCACGCAAGGAUCAGAUUACAACCGCACGGCUUGGUGAAGAAGCUGGAUCCUUGACGGCAGCGAUCUGGUGCAAAGAUCAUGCUGUCAAGUCCAUAAUUCACACGAUCGACGAGGUUGUUGAUGAUAGCGGUCGGACCGCACUUCAGGUGUUCGUUGAGAACUACAAGCAAGCAGACUUGACACUUACUGGCACCGUGCGGAAGGCGAAUAUGGUGCAACUGACGAAAGAUAAAGGCCAGCAAUCGCUCCAGAUGACUGCUGCUAACAUUCGACGCGAGUCUGGGGCUCACAGUAUUGCUGCCGCUGUACGUCGCGGUGCCCGCAACUCUUCCGUCGCAGAAGCCAAGGCAGCAGCAGCAGCAGAAGACAAUGCCACUCAGAUCUCAGAUGGGCCAGCAAGCGAGCCCGAGAGGCGAUGUGCAAAGUGCAAGAUCGACGUCACACCACGAUGGCACGCACUCGUCAAGUCAGCACCACCGACCCCACCCAAGUCGCCCGUGCCGAGAAGGCUGUCCAUGACAUUAGGCGAGUAUGCUGAUAUGCAGCGCGAGAAGAGUUCGAAAGAACGAGACUCGGAACCCCGGCACAGCUUAGGACCAGUCGUUACAGGACCUGCGGACAUUACUGGAGCACCUGCCAGUGUCGUCCCACAACCAGAAGGCCGACCUCAGCAGAAUAUCAGAUUCAUGGCUCCUGGCGCGAAUGGUCGAGCUUGGGAUGGUAUGCCCAGCCGGUAUGGCUCACAGUCGCAUGCUCAGGAUGAAGUGCGAACAAGUGAGCAGCAACAUAUGCCUAUGAACGGGGUUGUCCCGUCUCGCGAGUCGGUGCCUGCGCUGCCUAAUGGUGACUCUGCGACAUCCCACGAGCAGAAUAGACCAGACGAAGGUCAUCACAACCACAGUCUGCCACUCUAUCACAACGCAGCUGCAGAACACACCCCACCAGCAGGUCAACCUGACUCCAAGCCUGUCGACAGUGGCCCAAAGUUUUUGUGUCACAAAUGCUUCGUCAAGAAGAAGAUCGACCCAACUCCUUCGCCUGUGCCGCAGCCAGUAGCACCGGCCGUAUUGUCACCUCCACGACAAUUCCCUCUGCAAUUGGACUGGAGCAGACCACCUGGACCGCCCACUCAGCCGACGCACGAUGGACCAGUAAGAUUGCCAUGGGAUGAGCCACAGGGGACGGGUCAGCCGCCGCCGCCGCCGCAGCACCCCAAUGGUAACGGUAACGGCAGUGGGCCGCCACCUAACAUGUACGGCCCACCACCACCUCCAAUGCAUGGCUCUGGCUAUCCUCCUUAUGGUCAACCACCUAAUGGCUACCAUCAGCCGCCUCUACCACAGGCACACCACGGCCCGCCGCCCCCACCACAUAUGCACCAGCGCCAACCAAGCUAUGGGUACGGUCCUCCACCGCAUUCUCAGCAUGGAUAUCCGGCCCCACCUCGUCCGGCUCAGAUGCCGAACUACCCGCCAACGAACGGAGCCAUACCGAAUGGUGUGAAUCAUCCAGGUCAUGGUGUACCACCACCCCUUCCAUCACCCACGCAUCCUUACCAUGGGCCACCGCAGCAGUACCAAUACCCGCAGCGGAGGACAGAGUCGCCUUUUAGUGCACAGCUACCGCCACUUGGCCAACCCCUGCACGCUAGCCCGCCGAACGCCUUCGCACGACCAGAUGCGCCGAGCGGACCGCCAGGACAAGGCCAGCACGUGCACUACCCUUCGCAGCAAGGAGUGUAUGGUCAAGCACCGCCUGCCCACCAGCCCCCUCCGAUGCAACAAGGCCUCCCGCCUCAGCAAACUCCUACCUCUCAACCUCCAAUGUCUCAGCCAACAGCUCAGCAGGCGGGUAAUCAGACGCAGCCUGCAGGGCUAAUUGGUCCACCAAGCCAGCACUUCCAGCAGCCAUCACAAGCACAGGUUCUCCCGCCUCCAACAGCGCCAGAGACGCCACAGCCUGGGCAAGGAGUGCAGCCGUUGCAAGGAGGGCCAUUGACUCCGCAAGUUGGCGAACAACCGCCUGGUAUCAAUGGUGCCAGCGCUAGUCCGAACCUGCGACAUCUCCUGCACUGA